AGACUCGGAUAAAUGGGGUUUUACUUUAUACAUCUUUAUUUUUUUACAAAAUGUAAAAACUUAAGAUUCACUGUAAAAAUGCAAAUUCCAUAUUUUUUCCAUGGCAAAUGGAUUGCUAGGAUCCCUGAUAAUGCUAAACCAUGGUGUCCAAUAGUGAAUCCCUAGUCAACUCCGUGCAAAUUCAGCAACUAAUUGCUAGGCUCAGGUGAGCUUUAAUAGAAAUUUUUCUCCCUUGUUUCCAAGUAGGAGGUCUUAGGUCUGAAAGUUUCCUGACCAUAUUCGCUCCAUGGUCUUCUUGCACAGGUCAUAUUGUGUGGAUGAAAGAUGGAGAUGUACCUGUGUAAUCAAAGUAGUAUACAUACACGAUAUCCUGAGUUUUAAAGAGGUAUUCAGUGCAUGCAGCAGAAAUAAUGUUGGCUUAGGGUUUGCUGCUUUGUAUUCCCAAAGGUUUUAUGGCUGCUUUUACUUAAGUAUUUUGAGAUGCUCUAGCUCCAGUAAAAAAGUUUCAUUAUGGCUACUUUUUUCUAGACUGUGGCUCCUGCUCUCUAGAUUGCAAGAACAAGAGGGUCCCACAGUAGCUGAACAGGUGCAUAUAGCUGCAAAAUUCAUCACUCAUGCACCACCAGGAGAAUUUAAUGAAGUGUUUAAUGAUGUCCGGUUACUGCUUAACAAUGACAAUCUUCUCAGGGAAGGGGCGGCACAUGCAUUUGCCCAGUAUAACAUGGAUCAGUUCACUCCGGUGAAGAUCGAGGGGUAUGAUGAUCAGGUCUUAAUUACAGAACACGGUGACCUGGGCAAUGGCAGAUUUUUGGACCCAAGGAACAAACUUUCCUUUAAGUUUGAUCAUUUAAGGAAAGAAGCAGGCGACCCCCACCCUGAGGACACAGAAGCCGCUCUAAAGCCCUGGAGAGAUGCCUGUGACAGUGUGCUGAGGGCAUAUGUGAAAGAGCACUAUCCCAAUGGUGUUUGUACUGUUUACGGCAAGACUGUAGAUGGACAGCAGACAAUUAUUGCCUGUAUUGAGAGCCACCAGUUUCAGCCCAAAAACUUCUGGAAUGGCCGUUGGAGAUCAGAGUGGAAAUUUACCAUCACGCCCCCUGCGGCUCAGGUGGUUGCAGUGCUGAAGAUCCAGGUUCAUUACUAUGAAGAUGGCAACGUGCAGCUAGUUAGCCAUAAAGACAUCCAAGAUUCUCUAACGGUUUCAAAUGAUGUCCAAACAGCCAAGGAAUUUAUUAAAAUCAUAGAACAUGCGGAAAAUGAGUAUCAGACGGCAAUCAGUGAAAACUAUCAGACUAUGUCCGACACCACGUUCAAAGCCUUGCGUCGGCAGCUGCCCGUGACUCGCACCAAGAUUGACUGGAACAAAAUCCUCAGCUACAAGAUUGGAAAAGAAAUGCAAAAUGCUUAAGGGAGAACUGAUGAGAUUGAUGAAACGGUAGCAUACAAAAACCUAAAUGUGGUUGUAUGCCAAGUAGGUGGUUUCCAAACCAGUGUGGCAUUUUGCUAGGGCUUUCAAAGUUAACAGGUUUUCUAGCCUCAAGGAAAACUAUUGAACAAAUUGCAUUCUCUUUGUGUUUUGUGUUCCCUACCAUAUAAACUUCCUGUUACUGCAUUUACUGGUAGGUCAUUUGAAUUAAACCACAUUAGUGGUUCAAUUAUAUAGUUCUGUUUGGGAGUCACUGUAAUUGUACUGGUUGGAAAAUUUCCUAGCCCUGAAAGCCCCUUUAUAAAUACAGGCCGGUGGUGUUGCGAGUAUUUUCCCUGCACCCUUAUACAGCACUCCAGGUACUUCAGUAAGUUUAUCAGAUCUGGUAACAGCUCACGCUGCUGCGCUGCAAGCUGUAACAAAUGCAAGAGAAGACGCAUCUCCCACACAUGCCUGCUGCUGAUCUCCACAUAGCAAUGGGCCUAUACGCUUAGAUUUUAAUAUCUGGAAUGAGUUUACAUGAUCCCUUACAGAAAUCUCAAGAAGGCCAGAUUUUCUGUGUAAGUAAUUUUUUUAAACCCAAAGAUUCCAUGUUCCCUCUAAGAGAACUUUAUUUUUUUUUUUUUUUUGGCUUUUCUUUUCCCUGGAAGUGUGGUUAACAGACAUCUGCAUUUUUACAGAACAGCUAAUCCAGUUAGUUCUUUCUCUCUCUCUCUCUCUCUCUCUCUCCUUUUUUUUUUAUUUUUAGUAUUGUUAAAUUUGUUAGUAUUGUGACUGCUGAGACAUUUUGUCUGGUUGGAGAUGAAAUAUUAGAGUUAAAAAUGCAAAUGUCUAAGGAAUAGUAGGUAUGUUGUGCUUUAAUGCUUUGUGGCAGGUUCCUAGAGUUUGUACCACAGGUGUAUGAAUGGAUGGUGUAUUAAACGAUAAAUAAAAGAUUUGCACCGACGUGAGAGAAAAUCA